AUGAACGCACAUUCUGCUCAUUCUGAAUUUUAUUUCAAGGCACUAAUAAAAGGUAUAUCUUAUGAAAUCAACAGUCAAGGAGAAACUGUAAAACAGCCAGCCAGUCGCACACGACUUCAAAUAUGCAAUUUGCCACCGUUGGAACUGCCCACUGCUGUUGAUAAUUUUGUUUAUGUUCGAAUUACUAACAUUGAAAGUGGUGUGAAGAAAUUUUUUGGCACACUAGAAAGGAACCGUUUUUUAUUGGACGAUUUGCAGAAAAUGCUUGACGAUAUAAGGUCAGCCAACUGUAAAUCUGUUUUCGAUCCAGCAGUUGGCGAGAUUGUUCUCGUGAAGGAUGGUGAAAGAUUUGUUCGUGGAUGUGUCGUGUGCAAAACACACUUCAUGACAUGUACGACUUAUUUGAUUGAUUCUGGUCUUACUAUGGAAAUAGGAUUAGAGCAGCUAUAUGUGAUCAAUGAAGAAUUAUUGAAAAUACCUCCACAAGCUUUUCUGAUGUUACUGGAUGUUGAUAUUGAAGAACCAUUAAUAUCAAUUGACGAGCUUAGCGCAAUGGUUAAAAAUACUGUUGUAGCUUUCCGCUUAAAAAAUGGUGAAGCAUUCGUUGGUGCAAUGAUAAUGCGAAACCAAAAUGGAGAAAUUUGUGAUUUAAGGAACAUAUUGCUAGAAGGUGUUCAUUCCGCUAAUAUUUCUCAUGAAAUUGAUAAAAGUAUUAUUUAUGCGCAUCAAAUGCAGGAUGCUGCCAUUUAUUCCAAUCGGGACUACGAUACAAUACUAUCCGAUGAAUAUAGUCUUUCGGAACAUUCGUCUAUUGAUUUUGAAGAUGAAAGAUCAGUUAUCUCGUUGUGUUUGAGUGAGAAAUUUGAAGAGGAAAAUGACGAGUGUAUUGUGAAGCAACUGGUUUUAUCUGGAAAUCAUUGGCGAGCAAUACUUCUUCCAACUGAGAACUCUGGUCCGGGUUUGUUUUAUUUGCACUUUUUGGAUGGUCCAGCUAUCUUCGAGGACUUGAUAAUCUACUCUUCAUCUCUUUUUGGGAAGUAUAGUAAUAUUUGGUACAGACUGCUGAAAAUACCUGGCCUACAAUAUGAUAUCAAAGAUGAUAGGAAAUUCGUACAAGUGGACAACACAGUGGGAUCAUAUUCUGCAUUUUUGUAUGGUGGCAAACAAGUGGAUGAAAAAUUGAGAAACCAAUUAAAAGCAACAUUUGCAUGCCGACUUUCAUGUUCUGCCCCAAAGCCAUUCAAUCACAACAGAUAUUCCAAUGAGGCAAAGUCAUAUUUUACUGAGAAGUUAACCACCAAUCACAUUUUUGAUGUACAUAUAGUUAAAGUGUUACCCAAAUGUGUUCUUGAGGUUGAAAUUCUUUUGCCAGGAGGAGAAAGCCUUUUCGACAAAUUAUGUGAACUGGAUUUUGCACAACCUCGUUGGACUUGGAAGAUACCAUCAUAUAAUUUUGAGUCAAUAAAUGAAGAACAGCUUGUUCAGCGUACAGAUGAUGAGGAUGAUGUACAUAUGACUUUCACUGUACAAAUUGAAAAUAAGCAGAAUGAUUUAAUUGAGUUUCAAAAGCAUUUAAAACCUAGCAAGCAUGUUCUACGCAAUCCAGAAAUUGGUGACAUCUGCAUUGUUGAAUGUGAAGGUCAGCAGUUUCGAUGUGAAAUAGUUGAUAUGACUGAUGAAAAGAAAUCUUUCAUCGUAAAUUAUGUUGAUUACGGUGAAGAGCAGGAAUUAAAUGGAGAUUCUCUCUAUUCAGUUGAUAAUCAAGAAGAAAUAGUCUUCGAAACUCCAGUAUUUGGAAUUAAAUGUCGGCUGGAAGAAAUACGUCCUAUUGGGAAAGGUUUGGAUAUACAAACAGGUGCUUGGUCGCGUAAAGCGCUCAAAUUAAUCAAUAGUGUUGUUCCUUUAAAUAAAAAAUUCAAAGCAAUAAUUGGUCCACCUGAUUCGCUUGGUAUCCAUCCAGUUCGAGUUGUUGAAGGAACAUUAUUGCGUAAUGAUUUGGCAACGACUUUGGUACUAAAUAAUUUGGCCAUGUAUACACGCUGUAAUUAUUAUUCUUCAGCUAUAAAUUUAUCGACAGUAGAAAAUCUUGAGGUGCAAUAUCUUAACGUUGAGGACGGCAUUAUAUAUGGGAUUCCGAGUAUUUUUAAAAUUUGGCUUCAAGACUGCCAAAAUCACUUGGAAAAGGUAUGGAUAUAUGAAGUGAAGAAGACAUAUAAGGAGGAUACAAGAGGUAUUAUUCUAUAUAAAAAUAAGUACCGCCGUGUCAUCAGACUGCAUGAGGAAAACAAGAGUUUAAGAGAAGCAAAAAAAAGGUAUUUUCUUAUCGAUGAAGGAAGAACUGUCGAAUUUCAUGGGAAUUCUGAAAUGUCCUCCAUUAUAAGUUUCUCGGCACUGGAAGAUCCACAUGCUGCAUUUUUCUUGCGUACAUGUCCUGCACUUGCUGUUGGUUUCAUUUUAAGGGGCAAGAAGUUAGAAAGCAAGCAUGAAAAACUGUUGAAAAAUAUUUGUUGUGAAAAAGAGAAUGUGCACUUAAAUGUAGGUAUUGUCGACAGAAAGAAAAAUGAUCUUUACUCUAUUGGUGACGUUACAUUCACUGAUGGUUCAUCUUUGGUAAAUUUACUGGACGAUAGCGCUGAAGUAUUCUCAGCGAAUGAAUUUUCACCGACCAAUAAAUUUCUGUUACUCGAUCAAGAUAAUUUAUGGAGGAAUGAUGAUCAAUGCAAAAAUGACACCAGCUUCUGCUGUGAAGAUUUUUUUAGCAAUGUUGAUCUCUUCAAAGAAUAUUAA